AAGGAUAAGCGAAAGAGAAAGUGUCAGACUCGAGAGUUAGAAACUGUUUUGUGAGGCUACCGCAAAAGCAGUGAACAUUUCUCAAUCAUGGGCAAACUGUCUGUCUUUUUGUUUGUUCUUUCCUUUUCCACCAUUGUCAACGCAGGUUCAGGAUCACAUUCUCUGUGGGCACUUGCAAAUUACAUCAUCGGAGAGACGCCUUUCCCUGAGUUUACGGUUGUGGUGAUGUUGGAUGACAUCCAUGUGGCUUACUAUGACUCCAACGAUAAACAGCCUGUCUACAGGGGACCUAAACCAACAGGAAAAAUACAUGAUGAAUUAUUUCAGGACGGAGAUUAUGUGUUUGGAAUUAUGUACCACCACAUGAAAGGCAGAUCAUUUCACCUAAAGCACCACUUUAAUCUCACAGGAGGUGUUCAAGUUCAGCAAAGAAUGUCUGGCUGUGAGAUGUUAGACAGUGGUGAACCAGCUCUGAUCAUGGAAAAAGACACUUUCAAUGCCAUUUAUACAGAUCAAACGUUAUAUUACAACAUGACACAUUUUACAUAUGAUGCUGGGAAACUACGACCAGGAUAUGAUGGGGUGAGGAGAGAAUAUCUUAGAACACUUUUUGGGAAUGUUUUCCUUCCCAUUUGCAUCAGAACACUGAAGACAAUCCUGAAGAGAGAGAAGAACGUUGUGAUGCGUAAAGUUCCUCCCAGACUCAGGUUGAUAAAGAAAGAGGUUUCUGGAGAGUUUCAGGUGAGCUGCCUGGCGUUUGGUUUCUACCCCCGCCACAUCAACAUGACCCUGCUGAGAGACGGCCAGCCAGUGGCAGAACAGGAGCUGACAGGGGGGGAGGUGCUGCCUAGUGGAGACGGGACCUACCAGCUGAGGAAGAGUCUGGAGGUCAGUACUGAGGAGCUAAAGAAGAGACACAACUACACCUGUACUGCCUCUCACCUCAGUCUGGACAACAAGCUGGAUGUCAGUUGGGAGUCUGGGGCAGAGAGAGUUCACCUAUCCACCCUCUCAGUUCUACUGGUGAUGCUGCUGAUUCUUAUUCUAUUGGGCAUUUUCAUUUGUGUCAAAUGGAGGAGACGCACCGCAUCGCAGACAUAGUCUCAACUUGCCACGGUUGAUGCAAAAGUGGAGGAGUAAAUUAACCUGUCUUCAGAUUCUAAGGGACAGCCCAUACUUUUGAUACUGAAUGUGUUGUCUUUUGCAGAUCAUCAUUCUAACAAGUUGUCCUAUUAUAAUGUGAGCACAUAAGCUGCCGGCGGGCCCAGUUAUACAGGAAAGCUUAACUCGUGCUCUGCCUCUACAGUCCGAGUGGCUAUUCCUCACGCACCUAGAACCUAACGCUUCAAUAUAGUAUAAAUAUUUAUGAUGAUAGAUGCUUGGCUGCCAUUUGACAUAUAUUAACAUUAUCCUAUUUCUGUCAUAUGUUGGGUACAGUCGGCGCUUGCCUUUGUUGGUAAUUAUUGCAAUAGCAUGUUCAAAAGGUUUAAACCAGUUCGCAAUUGUUUUAUUUCAUUCUUUGGCCAAAUUAAGUUCCAACUGUAAUGCUGUGUUUGCCGCCAUUAUAAUAGCAUGCUCAUAUAUUCCCUAUGAACAACUACUUGACUGACUUUUGAUAUUAUCCUAAUAAAGUGUAGCAACUUUUGUGAA